GAACAUACAGGAUACAUCGCGUGCACCCUCUCCUGUUCCUGAUGCACCAGCUCCCAUUCGAAAACAUAUAACAGGUUCCGCACGGACAGAGGGUUACUACAAAAUAUCCCAUGCCGAGAAAUCUGCUUAUGUUGCUCAGUAUGCUCUACGCUCUACCAACGCCGAGUCAACGGUUGCACAUGAAACUCCCCAGCCUCAGCAUGUCACUUCUUCACGCUCAAAUCGUGCUAACGCUCGACGGCGUGCCCAAGGACUGGAAGAGAUUAACCAAGUCCAACGUGCAGUGGCACUUUCCAAGGGCGAGACUGCUGCAGCGGAACUGAACCUAAAAUUCAAUCAACUUCAGACCAGGAAGAAGCACCUGCGGUUCGCGCGAUCUCCUAUUCACGAUUGGGGGUUGUACGCAAUGGAGAGGAUCUCUCGUGGGGAAAUGGUCAUAGAGUACGUUGGCGAAGUCAUAAGGGCCCAGGUUGCAGAUAAGCGAGAGAAAGUAUACGAGCGACAAGGUAUUGGUAGUAGUUACCUCUUCCGGAUCGAUGAAGAUCUUGUCGUGGAUGCUACUAAGAAAGGCAAUUUGGGACGUCUUAUUAACCACUCCUGUGAUCCGAAUUGCACAGCGAAAAUUAUUACGAUCAAUGGCGAGAAGAAAAUUGUAAUUUAUGCCAAACAAGAUAUCGAACUCGGCGAAGAAAUUACUUACGACUACCACUUUCCCAUCGAACAAGAUAAAAUUCCUUGUCUCUGCGGUUCUGCUAAAUGUCGCGGUUAUCUCAACUAGAUCGUUAAAUCCGUAUUUUUUAUCCCGUGUUACAUCCUUGUUCCUCAUAGUUGCUCAUACCCUCCCUCAACACCAAUAUUGUUGUCAUAUAUUAAUCAUUGAAUCCCCCAAACUGCACUCUACCCACUGACGCUAUGUAUUAGUUGAUCUUGUUGCACGUCCUUCCCCCUCGCAUCGCAUUGUUUAAAUAUAACUUGCAGGAUUUGUGU